AUGGCCCCAUCAUUAUCAGAUCUGUACUCGUUGGUAUCGUUACCAAGGAUAACUGACCUCGACUUGUCUCACCAAGUUGUGAUUCCAACCAUAUCCUCGACCAAUACCACCCAUAUUGAUAUCGGUAUAUCAAAAUCAAUCAUCUCCAGUUACAUAUUAAAACCAACACCAAAAUUAGUAUGGUCAUUUCCAUUAUCACCAUCCACCAUUGUAGAAUGCAUGGAUGUUCAAGAAGUAGAUGGUAAUGGGACUGAUUUCAUAAAAAACUACGUGGUUGGUACUACCGAGCGUAAGACUAACAAGGUUUUGUUAAUUAAGAGACAUAACGACUCUGCAGACCAUUUUGAAAUCAAGUUAGAUUCAAAGGUUAAGGGUGUUAGGUUUUCACAAUGUGGUAAAUUUGUCUACGCUAUUUUGAGUAAUGGCGGAAUCAAAUUAUUAAAGAUCAACGAAGAUAGCUUUGAAGAUGUAUCAUUGGAUUUAAAGCUCAAGUCCGGCAAUGAAUUAGUUUACCACAAGUUUAUUUCAAGCCAUGAAUUCAAAUACAAUAACGAUUUAUUGUUAACUAUUGAAUCUAACGAAAGAAGUCUUGUUUAUAAAUUAACCUCCUUGAAUUAUGAAAAAUCCUUCGAGAUCAACCAGUUUUCUCAUUUUGCAGAAUGCCAGUGUAUUUUCACCUAUCAAUCAGGGGUCUUGUAUGAAUUUAAUAUUGAUAAGUUAGAAAUCAGCUCACGCUCAAUCAUCGACUUUAAAGUUUUGAAGUCAAUAACGGUUAACUCUAUUAUUGACGCUCCUACCAAAGCUAUCAACGAUUAUUCUAUCAUCUGUCCAAGUGUUGACAGAUUAUUAUUAUCUUGGAAAAGCAAGUUGUAUCUAAUUAACUUCAAAUUUCAAAGUUUAUUGGAUACUUAUACCAGACCCGACAAAAUUUAUAUUAAACAAGUGGUUGAUGUUAAAGGAAGUUCAGCAAAUACUAGUUCUACAUUUGCCGUUUAUUUACAUUAUAAUGCUCGUAAAAAGAAUACCAGCUUGAAUAUUAUCAAUGUUAAUACUGGAAUAAACACUCUUAGUGAAUGCUUGGGUAAAAGCAUUGUCAAGAGAACGAAUGAUGAUUUCAAAGGUUUAACCAAUGUCAUUAAUGAUUCAUUCGACAAAGAAUCCACAAAGAUAUCUAAAGAAUUAAAAGAGAUUUAUGAUGAAUUAGUAGAGUUAAAAACGAAAAAGAAUAUUAAUAAAUGGGAACUGAUCGUUGUUCCAUAUUUGAAAAAUGAAAGUUGGACUUCUAUCAAAAAGGCUUUAGGAAAAAAUACACCAGCACGCGAAUUUUCCGUUUUUGAAGUAGAACAAGAUAGAAUUAUUGAUCCUGCCUUUAUAAGUAAAGUCUUAUCCUUGAUAUUUGAUGAACAAUCAGAUUUCAUUCCUGAGUAUACCUUAAUUUAUCUUUUAACUCAUCCAUUAUUUCCAUACGAGCAUACAAAAGGGUUAUUAACAUUAUUUACCCAACUUGACAAACCUAGAUUAUUAAGACAAGCAAUAAUAACAUGUCCUAAUUUGUCAAUUGAAGAAAUCUCGUUACAAUUAAAUAAUGACAACUUGGAUAUCUUCCAAGAUGUUAUAACUAGAUUGAUUAGUGAAUUUUCAGUGAAUCAAAUAACUCAUCAAUUAAAUGACAUUUUACAAUCAAAGCAAAAUAAUCUUAAUUUAGAGACCAUCUUGAAUAACUUGAUUAAGCUCAAUAAUAACCAAAGUUGGUACUUAAUUCAAUCUAUUAUUGACGUUGGUGGUUUGUUUAAUUGGUCAAUGAAUACUGUAAAUAAUUUGAUCGAAAUUAUUGAAGACAAAUUAACAUCAAUAAUGGCAAAUAACUAUAACUUGACUCUUACAAACCAAGCUAUUUUAAUUAAUGAGCCUAUCAGAAAAUUAAACAAAAAUAAGAAAGCAGGUAAAAAGCCAACCGAUAAGAGCAAUAACAUCAUCGAACUGAAUAACGAGAUCCAGCAGCAACAAUUGAAUUCCAUCUUAUCCAUACAGAAUAAUGCUGGUAGAAAGUUAAAAGAUGAAGGGAUUGAGAUUUCUAAGAGAAUUCCUAAUUAUUCCAUUGAAAAAUUGAUCUUAUAG